AUUAUCCUUUGCUUUCGCACUGAUUGUCAUGACCGUCUUGUUCUCUUGAUUCAUGUCGCGACUGCUCCUGGAUGGCUGGCACGUCGUCCUGGGCAUUGAAACGCAUGCACAAAUCAAGUCUCGCCAAAAAUUAUUUUCGAGUGCGUCGACCUCGCUGUUGACCCAUCCGGCCAACACCACCUUCAACGUCGUCGAUGCUGCCUUCCCUGGUACCCUACCCAAACUCAACCCCAAAUGCCUGCUCCUGGCACUUAGGGCAUCCCUUGCGCUCAACUGCGAUAUCCAGCGACGUUCAUCAUUUGACAGGAAGCACUAUUUCUAUUCGGACCUGCCAUCUGGGUACCAGAUAACGCAGCACUACGCACCAAUAGCCACAGAUGGCUAUCUUACUUUGCCAACGCUGGGGAGAAAGGUCAGAAUAAAGCAGAUACAAAUGGAGCAGGAUACCGCCAAGUCGAUAUUCGACCCUCGAACACAAACCUCCCUCAUCGAUCUCAACAGAGCCGGGACUGGCCUUCUGGAAAUCGUGACAGAACCUGAUUUGCAGUCGCCAGACGAGGCCGCGGAGUAUGUGCGUGCCCUUCAAGCCACUUUGCGUGCUGUUGGUGCCAGUGAUGGGAACAUGGACACAGGAUCUAUGCGAUGUGAUGUCAAUGUCUCGAUACACCGCCCAGGUGAACCCUUUGGCACUCGCUGCGAAAUUAAAAACCUCAAUAGUGUCAAAUUUAUGGUGGCUGCCAUCAAUUGCGAAAUUGUCAGGCAAAAGACCCUCUUAAUGUCGUCUUGCACUGUACCUCAAGAGACACGGGGCUUUGAUCAUUAUCGUUGGGACACGUACAAACUUCGUUCUAAAGAGGACGCCCCAGAAUACCGUUAUAUGCCUGAUCCCAACCUCGGUAUUCUUCAUGUUUCGGAGGCCCAAAUACAAGAAAUGAAAGACAACCUUCCCGCUCUCCCGGAUGCCCUACGCAAGCGUCUCGUCGACACCUAUGAGCCUUUUGGCGUUACUCAGAUUGAUGUCGAUGUCCUCAUGGGUUUAGACACAGGCAGAGAUAUUGGAUACGACAGCGAAAACAAUAUCAGUUUGGAUGAAACAUCUCAUCAAGACACUGAUAUCAGUGCUGUGGCCUACUUUGAAGCGGUCUGUGCCGAUAAAAAUAGGGAUCCCAAGAACGUCAUCAAUUGGAUAUUGCACUCCUUACAAGGACAACUCUCAAUGCUAGAUAAAACUUUUACCUCGAAACACAUAACACCCCGUCAGCUGGGUGAAUUGAUCGACCUUGUUGCAUCAAAUAGUGUAACGAGACCGUCGGGGAAGUUGUUACUUCGGCACAUGUUGACCGACCCGUCAAUUACCCCGGAAACCUCUGUCCGACAAUUAGCGGUGAAAUUAAACUUCAUGUCGAUGUCCUCCUCUUCCGGGGAUGAUCUUCAAUUCGUCUGUACGCGAGCUGUUGAAGCAUUGCCUGACGAGGUUGCGGCUCUCCGGGCUGGACAUCAUAAUGUGAUCAACAAGAUCGUGGGCUGGGUGAUGAAGGAGACGAGAGGAAGAGCGGACGCUAAAACAGUCAGGGAAACGGUACUCAACCUCGUAAAAACAUAGAAUUAAGCAUGAUCAUGAUCGAUGAGC